AUGGCCGCCGCGACCCUCACUAGCUGGGGAAUGGAGGCGGCAACAGGGGAGCAACCUCUGGCAACUGCCUGCAAACCAACGUGGACCAGACUACCACACACUAACUGCGGCCCGCAAACAAUAGCACACUCUGGCAGCACAUCAGACAACUCCACGGAGGGCAUGCUCGAGCAAAGCCCACAUCUGCGAACACCUGAGGCACUGUCCCACAUGGUUACUGGCAGUCUCAUAAGGGACCAACAGACAUGGGACAUAAACUCUUCUCAACAUCAGAAGCUUGUACCUAUUACAGUUGACUCUCCUCCUGCUGCUCCCUACAGAAAGCAUCAAAGAUACCUGAGCAAAUAUGGACAUCCGACCCGAUCGGCUCAACGCUCUGCUUUCCCCUGGUGGUUCAAUCGUCUUCAGCAUUGUUAA